AUGGCUGGAGUCAGAACUUACGAGCUGUCUGAGGCAGACAAAAGGGGGUUCACAAAAACGGUGAAAGUUUUGAUCUGCUAUGAGCUUCAGUCCAUAGCUGAUCCAGACGAUGUGAUCACCUCCAUCGUGCAAGGCGUGAGAAACGCGACUCACCAACUGCCCUUCAUGGCAGGGAACUUGGAAUUUCAGAAGUCCGGCAAGCUCUGCAUUGUAGUGUCUCCAGAAGAUCAGGUUGAAGUCAACAUCCGGAGAUUCGGAUCUACUGAGCACAAGCCUUUCUCCAUGUUGGCCAAGAAUUCCUUCUCCUCAACUGACCUGGACCUAACUCAACUAUUGCCUGACGAGGCCAUAGGCAAGAAGGGUGUCUGUGCAUUACAUCUGAAUCUUAUUGAGGGUGGUCUCAUCAUGGGCUUCCGAAUGAACCAUGCUGUUGGGGACUGGGCGUCGAUCAAUACAUUCUUGUCUCUCAUUUGUCAAAGCACUAAGGCGCACCAAGCUGGACUUGAUGGUCCAACAUACACCCCAAAUCUGAACAGAGCACCUUAUAAUACCCCAGCUCCGGACCCGUCUUUGUCAAGGGAAGAACUACUCGAAAGCCUGCCAAUGUUUUAUGUCAUGAACAAGAGCGAUUUCAAGCCCCCACCGCCGCCCCCGGCUUUCAAGUCGAAUAUCUACAAGAUCAAGGAGCGAACGAUUCAACAACUCAAAUCGCGCUGUGUUCCGUUCCUGGGAGAUGUUGACUAUGUCACCUCUUAUGAUUGCAUUGCUGCCCUCGCCUGGAGGUCAAUCACACGAGCCCGGCUUGGAGUCCACCCAGAGAAAUCCAGCAUGUUGUCACGUUUCGUUCACCCCAUCGAUGUCCGUACAAGGGACCCGGAUCAAAUGACAAGUAAGAAGUACUUUGGCAACGCCGUUAUCGGAUGCCAAGCCGACCCUGUCACUGCGCGGGAAUUGGUAGCGGAUGGAGACAAAGACUAUGCGACCACGGCAAUCCUCAUCCGCAAGUCCAUAUCUAAAGUUAGCCUAUCCACAGUCGGACAUAUGACGUCUCUCAUUGGAUCUCUCUCUCCGGCAGAGACGCUGGGCAGCUUGGCAGAUUUCUCUGACAUGGACCUUCUGAUGAAUACCUGGUAUUCGGGCAAGGCAGAGAAUUAUGAUAUUGGAGCUGGCUCUGUCCCUGUCGCAGCUAGACUGGAGGCAGCAGGAGCCUGUGCAAUGAUUUUGCCAGAUUUCUCGUGUGGAGGGGAGCGAACCUUUGAAAUCUUCGUGCAGUUACCCGUUGAAGAACUUGAUCUAUUUGAGAAAGAUGCAGAGUUCUCAACUUAUUUCGAGCCUGUUGUGUGA